GGGAAAGCAAGAAGAAGAAAGAAACCACUCUCUCCCUCUGUCCUUCUGUCUCUCUCUUCCUUAGCUUCUUCUUCCUUUCCCCUUCCAAGGUUCCCAGAAACGGCAAUGAGAGCGCGAAAAUCCCUAAUCUUAAACCCUAGGAUUCUGCCGAUUUCAGAGGAAGAAAGCGGGGGAGAUAAGAGAAAGAGAGAGACUGUUUCCUUAUUCCAUUUCCUCCCUCUAGCUCUGCGUUGAUGACGAGAUUGUGAAAAUUUUCCCCAAUUCCUCCUCUUCUCUGUAAAUUUCUCAUUUCCUUCCAAUUUCUCUGUAAUUCGUCUUCUCUCGCCUCCCAAACCCUAGCCCUAGGAACAUCAGAGGAGGAAGGGUGAGAGAAGGAAGCAAAAAUGGCUACCAGAGGGAGCAGAUCGGAGAAGGUGAAGAGGAUUUUCCAGCAGUUCGACCUCAACAGCGACGGCGGGCUCAACAGGGAGGAAAUGGCUGCUCUGGUGGUGGCCGUCAACCCUCGGGUGAAAUUCAGCGAGGAGCAAAUCAAUGCCAUCCUCGACGAGGUGUUCCGGACGUACGGCGAGUUCAUCGACGGGGACAAAGGCUUGACUUACGAGGGGCUUUUGCGAACCUAUGACGACGGAGCCGGCGACGUCGACCGUGACUUCGACGCGCUGGAGCUGGAGCUCAAUUCGGACGAUAACAAUAACAACAACAACAAAGGGAUCUCGGAAGCGGCGGAGGCGUCUUCGUCGAUUGCCGACGAGGGAGUGAUGGAGGCCCAGAAGAAGCAGCGGACGGCGGCCUGGGCGGUCUCUCCUAACCACGGUAUUGUGUUCGACGAUACUUGGAAGAUAGUCGAUGAUUUGGAGAUUUUGAUCAAGAGGUUGAAAGCCAAGCAGGCUAAAGACGGGAAAUUGAAAGGGGAUAACGUUGAUACUUUCUCCGACGCGGGUUGGUCGAGGGAGUUGGGUCCCUCAUCCGAGAUCUCUGAUAAGAGGAUUAUCUGGGAAGAGUCCGGGCAUGAUUAUACAUCCUUCGUGAAGGAAUUGACAGCUUUGAGGACUAGAGCUGAUGGGGCGAGAUCCAGAGAGGAAGCAUUUGAUGGGCAUAUGGCAAUUGGGAGGGUUUUAUAUGAGCAUCAGUUGUUCAAGGAAGCUUUAUUUAGUUUCAAAAGAGCAUGUGAGCUUCAGCCCGUGGAUGUGAGGCCGCAUUUCAGAACUGGGAAUUGUCUGUAUGUUCUUGGCAGAUAUAGAGAGGCCAAAGAGGAGUUCUUGCUGGCACUUGAGGCAGCUGAGGCAGGUGGGAAUCAGUGGACAUAUUUGCUACCUCAGAUUUAUGUUAAUCUUGGCAUUGCACUGGAAGGUGAAGGUAUGGUUCUAAGUGCUUGUGAAUAUUACAGAGAAGCUGCUAUUCUUUGUCCAACACAUUACAGAGCUUUGAAGUUAUUAGGUAGUGCCCUUUUUGGGGUGGGAGAAUACAGGGCAGCUGUUAAGGCCUUGGAAGAAGCGAUUUAUCUGAAACCUGACUAUGCCGAUGCUCAUUGUGAUUUAGCUUCUGCUCUGCAUGCCAUGGGAGAAGAUGAGAAGGCUAUAGAAGUGUUUCAGAAGGCAAUAGAUCUAAAACCUGGACAUGUAGAUGCUCUCUAUAAUCUCGGUGGGCUUUACAUGGACUUGGGUAGGUAUCAGAGAGCUUCUGAGAUGUAUACCAGGGUGCUGACUUUAUGGCCGAACCAUUGGCGAGCUCAGCUGAACAUGGCCGUUUCAUUAUUGGGUGCUGGAGAAUCUGAGGAAGCAAAGAAAACCCUUAAGCAGGCUCUGAAAAUGACCAAUAGAGUCGAGUUGCAUGAUGCAAUCUACCACUUGAAGCAGCUGCAGAAGAAGAAAGUCAAGCGCAAUGGAUCUACCAAUGGUGAAAGUCCCUUUGUCACUGUGGAGCUCUCCAAGUUCAAAACCUUGGGCGAGAAAACCACACAGAGACAGGAGCUGCGCAAUGCUCUUCAAAUCAGGGCCUUCCAGAGGAUCACUCGGUUGACUCGAUGUGAUGUGGAGCUUCUGAAGAAGGAAAUGAGUGAGAAUGAUGUGCCCGUCUCUUACUCUGGUGGUGGUGUACCCGAGAAGUCCAUACGGAAGCCUAACUUGGAAGAGAUUCUGAGGAAGUGGCUUAAUUUCCUGAAACCCGAGAUCUUCCAGGGAGCAGUGAAAGGAAUCAACGAGAGGAUACUUUCGGUUCUCGAUGAGUCGGGUUCAGGAAGGGUCGAUCUGGGUAUGUUCUUCGCUGUUCUUGCACCCCUGUGCAGUGGUAGCCCCGAAAAGAGAAAACGGGUUGCCUUCGAUGCUCUACUAUGGCGACCUGUGAAUGAAGGAGGUUCUCAGAUCAAGAGGGUUGAUGCAGUAGGGUACAUCAAGCUGCUAAGAUCUAUAUACCUUCCGUCUCAAGGGAUCAGUGAAAUCCUGGAGGUUCAUGGGGAAACCGAUUCCUCCAUCGUGUCAUUCAACGAGUUCCAAGUCAUGUUUGACGAUAGUGAUUGGGGAUUCGGUAUCCUUUCGACCCUAGUGAAGCUAGAAGCUGGGGAUAGGAAUCGGCAUGGUUCCCGUGUCUGCUCAGUUUGCCGGUACCCAAUCAUUGGUUCCCGGUUCAAGGAGAUGAAAUCGAGCUUCAACCUGUGUAGUCAGUGCUACGGUGAGGGGAAAGUACCAUCUUCUUCAAGGCAGCUGGAGGAGUAUAAGUUCAAAGAGUAUGGAAGUGAAUCGGAUGCGAUGAAAGAUAAAUGCUUGUGCUUUCCAGUUCAUUCUAGUGAAGAGUAAUGAAAAUGAUCUCUCUCUCUCCACCCUCUUUUUGUUGAUUCUGUAUCCACUCUCUCUUUUUUUGUGUGAAAUAGAUAUAGGUUACCUGUUCAGCGAGCUGUUUGUACAAUUUUUAUGUGACCAUUCUAAUUAGAGUUCCUGUAAGCUCUUCUUAUUUCAUGUUUCUCAAGAGGUUAACUUGUACUGAGCCUUGUCCGACCAUUUGACCUUCUUUUCUUUUGACCAUGGUUAGUAAAUGAAGCUGGAGAGUUCUUAAGGGUGUUGGUGUGAAUUUCUUAGCUUUGCCCAAGGCCCUGUCAACUUCUUGUUGGAGUUCCCUUUGGUAUUUCAAGUUUAUGAAUUGAUUGGUUGGAGUUUGGCUGUUAAGGUUUGGGACAUAGUCGCUGUCAUGUUUUAAAUAAUGUAAUGGAAGCUGU